AUGGCCUCCCAGCUUCUGCCUCUCGAGCUUAUCGACAAGUGUGUCGGCUCCCGGAUCUGGGUUAUUAUGAAGGGUGACAAGGAGUUCUCCGGCACCCUCCUCGGAUUUGAUGACUACGUCAACAUGGUCUUGGAAGAUGUGACUGAAUUUGACUACACCGGUGCCCAGAUCAAACUUCCCAAGCUUCUCUUGAAUGGCAACAAUGUCUGCAUGUUGAUCCCCGGUGGUGAAGGCCCUGCUGCCAGCGCUUAA